CAAAGACCCCCCAACCUCAACCCGGUUGCAAAUUUGCAAUUCCAUCGCAAAGUUCGGCAGCGCCGCAAUAGCUUCUCUCAGGUACAUAGACGUUUUAUUAGUUUUAGUCCAUUAGUAGUUGAUUUUAAUGCUGUGUUCGAAAGCUCGCUCUCUCUUUUCGUCUUCAUCUUCCCUCACCUUCCCUUCUUUCAAACACCUGAAAAGACCCGUCGCUUUAUCCACAAAAACCUUCAAAUCCCCGAUCACCAUGUCCAUUGUUGAGCAUGUGGUUCUUUUCAAAGUUAAAGAUGACACGGAGCAGGGAAAGGUCAACUUGAUGCUUAGCAACCUCAAUGGCUUGGUCUCUCUUGAUCCCGUCGUGCACCUCACUGCUGGUCCCGUCCUUCGCACCAAAUCUCCGAUCUCCAAUUUCACGCACAUGCUCCAUAGCCGAUACAAGUCCAAAGAAGAUUUGAAUGCAUAUUCUGUUCAUCCCGAUCACCAGCGUGUGGUCAAGGAAAAUGUCGUUCCCAUCUGUGAUGAUAUCAUGGCUGUUGAUUGGGUUGCUGACAAUGACCCCAACCCGCUGUCCCCUCCCCCCGGUUCUGCCAUCAAGGUGAGCUUCUUGAAACUCAAAGAGAACGUUCCAAACGAAUUGCAGGGUGAGAUUCUAGGGGAAAUUAAAGGGAUCAAGGAGGGGAUCUCCGGUGUUCAACAGUUAACUUGCGGGGAGAAUUUCUCGGCAAGAGCUAAGGGCUUUUCGCUUGCCUCGGUCGCUGUUUUUGCCGGAGUCGAAGAAAUGGAGGCAGCUGUGGGGAAGGAAGAGUACGUGAACCUACAGAAACAAAAGGUCAGGGACAAUCUGGAUGGUGUCAUUGUUGUUGAUUUUGUGGUGCCAACAUUGUCACCAUAGAUUGUUAACUGCAAAGAAAAUCUCGUUUCUUGAAUGAUGGAAGCUUUUGGAACAAUAUUCAACAUUGAAAUCAAUAAUAAUGAGA